AUGAAGAAUUCGAUUCCGUCUGAAGUUUGGGAAGACAAACGUGCCGAGAUUGCAGCUCUUUACAAAGAAGAAGAAUGGCCUUUGAAACAAGUCAUUAAGAAAAUCAGAAGCGAUGAUUUUAACCCAACUGAAACCCAACUCCGCAGUAGACUGAAGAAGUGGGGAGUUACUAAACCAUCGCGCCAAAAAAGGAAGAAACAGAGUGACGGACUGACGACUUCGCCUACCGUCAAGCACCCAAACCGGUUAGAACUGACCACCCUGAAUGAACCACCAUCCACCCAGGCCGCGUCUAUUUCCGGCCGGGUCGUAUGGAACGAUCUCAAAGGAUGGAUAAUGCCAUCAGGAUAUAGCCAACAACACAUAUUGAAAAACUCACCAAUGCUCGAAGGACAGACCGUUGCAGCAGAUUGGGCAUCGUCGAACCACAUAACCAAUGACAAUCAUGCACCAUUCUCGCUACAGAAUUUCACCACCCCAUCCCCAUUAUCCUCUGUCCAUUCCUAUGGACAUCCGAACCCUUCCACAAGCUCGAUCGCAAACAGUGCCAUAGAUGCGCCUAUGGUAUGCCACACAAGAUUUACAGGUUCUGCGACCAACAUAUCAGUGAGCGAUUCAUUUGCGAAGGCGUGUCAAGGAGAGUGGUCAUUGCAGACAAGCCCUGUGAAUACAGAAAACAAUCCGAUGACUCCAUGGGCCUAUAUUGAACCUGACGUAUCCCACUCCUGCCCAUCCCAUCUUUUUACCAUAGGUGACGGAAGCUCAUCAAUCCCGGACUAUACGGAAUAUAAUGAGCCAACAGCCAGAGAGGAUUACACCCAGCAAUAUGGAGGCCCUCCAGCACUGCCGCCUGCUUCUAAUCUAGAGAUGCUAGUGUUGGAUCCUGAAAUAAAAGCCUGGAGACGUGCCGCUUUCACGCAUGUUCGCCCAGAUGGUGUCGGAACGACAAAUCCAAGGGUCGGCCGUGAUCCUCUAGUAAGACGCCGGCCGGAAAUGAAACGCAAAAAGGAUUCUUUAUCGACAAACAUAGUCUACCAACAAUCCAAUCGCAGUUAG